CUGUUAGAAAAAAAAUAAUUGUUCCCUCAUUUUCGUAUGCAAUCUGUAGCAAGCCAUUUCAUCGAUAUGUUUUCACUACAGGUCUUAACAUUGGAAUUUUUUUUUUGUUUAAAUAAAAUUUAUUUUUGUCUCUCAUUUCUUUCGCGUAAUAAUCAUGACCAAAAAAAUUAUCAAGUUGUACAAUUGUUACUCGUGGUAUCGGUAAUUAGCCUUUAUUCACCUCACGAAGAACAGAAACAGUUACAAUUUUUCGUUGAUUAAUUUAAACAAAUGCAAAAUAAUUUUGCAAGCAUUUAUGCGGAAGGGGAAGUGUAGAUAUCGUUUAGAUCGCCAGCUUUCGAAGGACAUAGUUAUAUUAUUUUAAAUUUGUCAUUGAGUAUUAUAUAUAAAGUAUGCUAAAAAAAUAAAUGUCUUAAUUCGACAAAUGAGUGCUUGUGUUCGUGGCGGUGUGUUUAAAUGGGGCAGGGUGUGCGAUGGCUGUGUGAGUUGUUUGUGUCGAAACUAACUAUAAGAUCUAUGUAAAGGACUGUUAAUUGACACAGCGAUCGAACUUUUGUAAAGAGAAGCCAUUGUCCGCUUAAGGUUGACACUGACAGGUGAGAUUCAAAUAAUGCAAACGAUGUGUAUACAAAAACUAUCUUCGACUUUUUACAUCUUUCAGUCGGAGAAUGUACUUUGCGGCAUUAUUGACAGUGCUUUUUGCGGGCACACUAGCUGUGGUAAGUGUCCGGGCCUUUCUCUUUAUGAAAUUAUUCAUUUAACAUUUUUUUUUGACAAAUGAACUACACUAAUAUUUAAAGUAUCGGAUAAAAGUGUAAUUCCUCAUUUAUUUAUAUUUAUUUUAGACAGCAACGUUUGAUUUUUUAUUAACUCAGUUUUUGCACUUAACAAACCAAAUCUAAUUUUUAAGCUCCAAAAACUAAAAAUUUUGUGUUUAAACAAAUAAUCCAUCAAUUUGUUUUUGUUUAAUAAAAAUGUUGAGCGUAUUAACUUCCACUUAACGGGACUAAAGUCAACUUACAUAAUUUCAUACUCCAACAACUUGUUAUGCAGUAAGUUUUCAUUUAUCAUUCUUACCAUCCCGUCCAGGAACCCAUUUUACCCAACACUGAUUGGAUCCAUUUGUUGGGCAAGAAAAACACGCUGGACAGUCUGCUUGUAAGUUGAAGCAGAUACGAUGUACUGACUAAUAUGUUCAUAAUUCGUUCAAUACAGUGCCUCCCUAAGAUGCCCAACCAUCGUUAUUAAAUCAACCAUUGAUGAUCAGAAUCUGCAAAAUUCACAGUGAAAAUUGGGAGAAAAAAAAGAUAUCUGCUUUUUAAAAUUUGGAAAUUGUAGUUACUGUUGUAAAUUUGAGCCCGCUGCUGCUAGGAGCCCCCCCCCCCACAUCCCCCCACGCCAAAGUGCGCAUCUUAAAGUCCGUGAGACGGGACACGUUCAAAUCCAUGAACCUUUAAUCUCGAUUCCCACGGCGGUCUCCAAUUACUCAACGAAUAGAUAUAGGUUGCCUUUUAUGUGUGCGGGAAAUUUUGUAAAGGAUAUAUGUGUACAAAUAUCAUAAUGAUGAUAGAUUCGCACCUUUCAAAUGAGUGGGUUUUUUUUAAGCGUAGAAAGAUAUCUCAAUAUCAAUGAUAAUAAAAAUAGUACCCUGAACACUGAUCAGUCGCCGUGUCACAUUAAAUAAUUUGAUAACCGUUGUAAAAAAUAUCCGCAGAAGCCAUUACUGCCCAUCUUGGAUUGGAACAAUUUAGCGCAAGUGGGGAGGAGAAGCUCAUUCGAACCUUGGCUUGUAAGUAAUAAGAUAACAUCACAAAAAUAUCUUCUUUAUCUUUGUAUGAUGAGUACCGCCACGAAGGCAAACAAAAAAGCCAUCGGUCCGACUAAAAGGAUUCUUGAUCAUUGAUUCUCCUUAGAGCAGCGACCCCACUAGGGUUUGCGCCACGAAUAGCGAUAGUUUCAUAGUAUCACCAAUACAGAAACCACCCCCCCCCCGCCCGAUGGAUCUUCUCCUGAGUCUGCCUGCUGAAGUGUCCGGAAAUUUGUUCGAAAGAAAUUUCGUUGACGGAAAAUUAAUCGACGGAUAUUUGAAAGAACGGAAAUUCGGUUAACAAAAAAGCCAUCGGUCCGACUAAAAGGAUUCUUGAUCAUUGAUUCCCCUUAGAGCAGCGACCCCACUAGGGUUUGCGCCACGAAUAGCGAUAGUUUCAUAGUAUCACCAAUACAGAAACCACCCCCCCCCCCGCCCGAUGGAUCUUCUCCUGAGUCUGCCUGCUGAAGUGUCCGGAAAUUUGUUCGAAAGAAAUUUCGUUGACGGAAAAUUAAUCGACGGAUAUUUGAAAGAACGGAAAUUCGGUCGAAACUUUUUCUGUUCACACGUUAAGAGUUUGUUAAAAGUUUCCUUCAAAUUUCUUUUUGAACGCAUUAAUUUGUUUUACUAUAUUGUAUAGUAUGUAACAAUAAAAAUAAUCCAAAUUUAUAGUACGAGUUAUGUAAUCCACAUUUGUAGCACGUGUUAUAUAAUCCACAGCCUAUCAACGACACCAUCAUCGCACUGAUUCACUCACUCGGCAAGAAGAACGUCCUGCCGCGGGAUUAUUAUAUUGUAAGUUUUCAGAGAUAAAGUUUGUUACGCUUCAGAGUCUAUUUGAUCUACACGUCAGCGGCUCCAAUACUGGGGCUGCCCGGAACCCUUGUUAAAAGUUUCCUUCAAAUUUCCUUUUUGAACGCAUUAAUUUGUUUCACUAUAUUGCAUAGUACAUAACAAUAAAAAUAAUCCACAUUUAUAGCACGAGUUAUAUAAUCCACAUUUGUAGCACGUGUUAUAUAAUCCACAUUUGUAGCACGUGUUAUAUAAUCCACAGACUAUCAACGACACCCUAAUGGCACUGAUUCACUCACUCGGCAAGAAGAGCGUCCUGCCGCUGGAUUCUUAUAUUGUAAGUUUUAAGAGAUAAAGUUUGUUACGCUUCAGAGUCUAUUUGAUCUACACGUCAGCGGCUCCAAUACUGGGGCUGCCCGGAACCCCUGGAGGAUGCGGGUGGCAGCCUGCUAGGGGUGGUGGGACACAUAAAAAUCAUGUUUAGUUGCGUUUUUAUUAGUGAUUUUUUAUGUUAGUUGGGAGUGGGCCGCGGAAAUGUGUUUUGAAAUCAGGAAGGGUCGGGGCGGGGGGAGGGCGGGGGAGUGGGUUGACCAGCGCUGCAGAAAGAAGACUGGAGAACAGCGCAUGCCACUCCAAUCUACAAAAAAAAAAUGGGAGCAUUACGACCCUGCCAACAACCGCCCUGUGUCCCUCAACAGCGUAGUUUGCAAACUACUGGAGCACAUAAUCGUAAGCGAUGUCAUGAAUCAUCUUGAAAGACACACUAUACUCAAUGACUGUCAGCAUGGCUUCCGAGUAAACAGAUCAUGCGAGAACCAACUCCUUGAAUUCGCUGAAGAAUUGACGACCAACUUGGAGGGCAGCAAGCAAACUGAUGUGCUUGUGCUGGACUUAUCAAAGGUGUUUGACCAUGUCAACCAUAGCUUGCUAUUACACAAACUGCAGAGAUAUUGGAUCCAAGGCACUACCAAAACAUGUAUCUCUAGCUUCCUCAGUGACCGAUGCCAUACCUCCUCCUUUGUCGGUGUUAAGUCAGGGGUCCCCCAGGGCUCAGUGCUAGGCCUCUGUUUGUUCCUAGCAUAUAUGAAUGAUCUGCCCGAGAAGCUGACCUCUCAAGCAAGACUGUUCGCAGACGACACGGCGGUGUAUAGGACGAUCGUCAACAGUUCUGACCAGAGCCAGCUCCAACAAGACCUCAAUCGUUUAGCUGAGUGGGAGAUGAGCUGGGACAUGGAAUUUCAUCCUUUCAAGUGCCAGACCCUGUCAGUCUCCAGAUGCAAAUCAUUUCUAAACCACUCUUAAGAAUUGCAUGGCCAUAUUCUUAACUCAGUUUCCUCAGUUAGGUACUUUGGUGUUACCAUUCAAAGAGAGGUCCGCUGGGACGAGCACAUUAACAGUGUGUGCAACCGGGCAAACAAGAGCCUGGGGUUCCUAAGCCGCAAUCUGAAGAUCGGCAUCUCAAGCGUGAAAGAAAAAGCCUAUAAAGCCUUUGUCCGGCCUCUUUUAGAGUACGCUUCUACAGUCUGGGACCCAUUCACCCAGAAAAGUAUCGAUAGGUUUGAGGCGGUAAAGCGACGGGCAGCCCACUUUGUCCUAAAUUGCUACAGAAACACCUCAAGUGUUGGCAGCAUGCUAGAAUCACUGGGCUGGUCAACAUUGGAAGAACGACGACGACUAUCCAGGCUCACCAUGUUGUACAAGAUCAAAAAUGGGCUGGUCCACUGCUCCGGCAUCAAACAGAAACUCGUUCAUCUUCCCCCUAGACAGCAACGAGACCACGACAGACAGCUCCGGCUGGUAAAAACAAGAACAAAGUACAGGAGCUCCUCAUUCCUGCCAAAGACAAUAGCGGACUGGAACAAGCUUCCAAAAACAACAGUUGAGGUGGCUACACUCAACACAUUUGUGUCUAUUGCCUCCUGUAUUCCAACCCCCACUUCAUAACACCACUGCUGAGUCGCCCUUGCAACCAUUGAAGUAUCCCCUUGAAACCCAUGCACAGUAACAUCGCGAACCCCUCUGAAACAUAGGAGCCAGAAUGAUCAAUUCAUUGAUCGUGGGCCCUCAAAAUAAAGAAGAAGAAGAGCCCCCCCCCCCUCUACAACACCAACCCCCGUUUAACAACACAACACAGGAGAUGUUUCGGAUAAAUUAAUUAUUUGGUCAAUCUAAACCACUAGCAUUGUUUUAUUGUACAGUGUAUUAUUAAAGGGAUUAUCAAUGUUGUUUUAGCGCCACCAGAUUGAUUUAUAUUAAAAAGAUGUUUGAGACUAGAAUUUUUUUACGCUCGAAAAAAUUUAUCGGUGUGUUAAAUUUUGAUGAACCAUUUUCAUCCUGGAUCUCGUAGAAUUGUAACUACUGCUAGGCUUGAAAAAAUUCAGAAAUGUAUAUUUUCUUUCCAGGGGUUGAAACAAAAAAAGUUAAUUGCAUAAUUUUCAAUGCAAAUCCUUAAAUCAAACGUUGAAGUCUAUUCUUGUUUUCAUGGACCACUGAGCCUACAUAUUUUAACAUCAACCAAUAAAAUUGUCCAAGCCCAACCAAUGCUUUUUCUCAUAUGAACAAUACAAUCAUUUAAUGUAUUGUAUCUUCCUCAGAAGCAAAUUAAUUGGACUUUAUUUCAACCUCUUCUGCUUAGCAAGAAGCGUGACAUCCUACAGGGUUCCUCUACAACAUUCAACCCAUUUAUUUUAAGCAAGAGAAUAUUAGAUCUGGUGUCUAUCUUUUCCCCAGGAGUUGAUGGGGGCUUCAAUUUACAACAGCAACUACUACAGCAGCUCUCCGGGAAGAGAGAUUCUCAGGCCCUUAUCUCACUAACCGGUGAUGGGCUCGUUCCUUUCCUCCCUUAUCUAAUCAAUAGCAAGAAACGUGACAUCCUACAGGGUUCCUCUACAGCAUUCAACCCAUGGAUUUUAAGCAAGAGAGCAUCAGACUUGGCGCCCAUCUUAUCCCUAGGAGGUAGCGGGGGCUCGACUUUACAACAACUAAUAGAUCAGAUCGCCAGCAAGAGAAGUCUUCAGUCCAUUCUCACAAUACCUGAUCUCGGGAUCAUUCAUUUCGAGCCUAAUCUAAUCCUAAGCAAGAAAAGGGAUGUCGUCUUUGAUCCUUUCAAUACCAACCCACUAAUCAUCAGCAAGAAACGGGAUAUUCUCUUUGAUCCACUCCACCCUAACGUAGUCAGCAAGAAAAACAUCUGGAAUCCACUGAUCGAUAUUUUGCUGCCCCCCAUCAAAGAUGUUGUUUGAUCCCUCCACCUUAUUUGCCCCAUCCCUCAGUAAGAAAAAUUUAGGCUGUGCAAAAUAAAAGUUUUCACUUCUCAAUGAAUACAAACAAUUUAAAUAAAGUAUUUAUUUUUUAAAUUUAAAAAAAAAGGAUGUCAGUUUUUUCCUUUUGAGCAAAUUUUGAGCACAAAUUAAAGAACUAUCAAAUUAGAAAUUACAAAAUUUUUUUUCUUAUUCUUCUUUUUUGUUAAUGUUUUCCCAAAAUUUUGUGAUGUUUCUAAUUCCAUUUAUUCAAGUUCUGCGUAGUAAUUUUUUUUAAACGGUUCCCAUUCUUGUAGACUCAUUCAAACUCUUACAAUUUUCUUAAUACACUAGGACUUACUCGGGUACA